CAUCUCUUUCCUGUCUGUCUGUCUCCUUCUCUCCCUUUCUAAAGCAGCUCAUCAGCAAACCAGCAUGGCUCCAAAGAAGCCCGAACCUAAGAAGGCAGAACCUAAGAAGGAAGAACCCAAACCAGCACCUAAACCAGCAGAACCAGAGCCCCCCAAAGAAGCUGAAUUUAACCCAGCUUCUAUCAAAGUUGAAUUCACUGCUGAUCAGAUUGAAGAAUUUAAGGAAGCAUUCUCACUCUUUGACCGGACUCCUAAAUCUGAGAUGAAAAUCACAUACGCACAAUGUGGAGAUGUCUUGAGAGCUUUGGGGCAGAAUCCCACCCAGGCUGAGGUCUUGAAAGUGCUUGGCAGGCCCAAACCAGAAGACAUGAACUCCAAGAUGAUUGACUUUGAGACCUUCUUGCCCAUGCUCCAGCAUAUUGCUAAGACAAAAGACACAGGCACCUAUGAGGACUUCGUGGAGGGUCUGCGUGUGUUUGACAAGGAGGGAAAUGGAACAGUAAUGGGAGCUGAACUCCGCCAUGUCUUGGCUACACUGGGUGAGAGGUUGACUGAAGAGGAAGUUGAUAAGCUUAUGGCUGGUCAGGAAGAUGCCAAUGGCUGUAUCAACUAUGAAGCUUUUGUGAAGCAUAUCAUGGCCAACUGAACACCAGGACAAGAUAGGAGCUGAGAAACCCAGAUGCUGGCCUUGGAUUUCAAUGUUAUGGAAUGUCUUCUCAUUUUUCAGUCUGGAUUCUCAUUACAGAGCUACAAAAUAUGCUGUUCCUAAAGUUGUUUGGAUAAAUGUUUUUUUGUUUGUUUUGCCUUGUUUCUUCAUGGGAAAAGGGUGGCCUCUGUGGAGAUUCAAUAAACUUAAGAAACUGAAAAGACUGGAAUUUGAACUCUGAA